AUGUUAGCUAGCGUAGGUCUAAAGACAAGGCCGGAAUAUGACACUGGGUGUAAUGGAAAUAGUGAUGGACAUGAAAAUCUGUUUGGUAAGUGCAAAAGGUGCUAGCAUAAGGCGCCCGUAAUUCAAAGAUCAAGAAGGUCCUUGCUUUUUGCUUAUAUAUAGCCUAUUCGACGCAGAAUUUUACGCUGAUCACGAAUAUCAUAGUUAAAAGUUCUGAAUGCGCGUGUUCCUGAAGAAAAAUUAAAAAAAUUGGGAUGGUGUGAUUUUCCAAAAUGUUGACCUCUUCCCAGAAAAACUCCAAUAUCUCUGCUACGGAGCACUUUGGAAAGUCAGCGAUGUGAUAUUCAAAAUUAGCGUGAAAAACUGAUUCUAGGCCAGUGUCUUUUGAAAUUCUGCAAAAUCUGGAACGUAGGCGCGCAUUUGACGCGGGAAUUUCAAAACAGGGAGAGGGGCACUUCGCAAACCUAUCCAGCUAGCAGGCUCGAGGACAUCUCAGUCUGCUCAGAAUUUGACGCUCGACCGAUAGGAUGUGCUUGGGACGGAAAAGAAUUACAAAAGGCUCUUGAAGUUUUCUCAGAGUUCUGUUUUUUUGCAAAACCUACUUGGAAAACUCCAAACCUCUCAAAAACAAUUCUGACGUAUUCAACAUUGCGUUUUACCUGGAAAACCAUAAUAGCAGUUCUCUAGGUGGAAAUAUCACUGAGUUAUGGACUCAUCAUCUGAAGGAUUUUUCGAAAAACUCGCGCUUUUUCAGUCUUUUCCUAAUUUCUCCUAAAAGGAAACAUGUUUUGAAGAAAGCGAAGUAUACUUUUGUAGUGCGUCUCAAGGCGGUUCGAAUGGCGUAAGAAUCAAGGCUCUAUCACUUUACACAAAAAGCUAGAUAGGUUUGCAAAGUGCCCCUCUCCCUGUUUUGAAAUUCCCGCGUCAAAUGCGCGCCUACGUUCCAGAUU